UCAUUGGGAAAUAAGAAAAAGAAAAACUUAGAACACAAAAAGAAAUUAAAAAAUUAAAAAUUGGAUCUUUUUCUCCAAUUGAAUCAAGAAAUCUCUAAUACCUUUUCCUUAAUCACAAUCCAUCUUCUUAAUCCUUAAACCCUAAAGUAUCUUCUUCAUUUCAAUGUAAUACAUAUCAAAUACAAUGGUGUUUUCAUCAUUUUAGCUAUACAAAUUUUGCUUCUUUCUUGAUUUUGUGUGUUUUUUGAAUGAAAUGCCAAGCGUGGCUGUGAAAUUAUACAGUGUUUUCUUCAAAUUUAUGUUAAAGCAUCGGUUGCAGAACCGAAUUCAAAUCGAUGACACCAUUAAUGGGUCACAGCAUUUUGGUGUAACAUCUCGACCCAAUGAAGAAUCCAUUGCUGCUUCCAAUCCUUUAUUCACUGAUGGUGUUGCAACCAAAGAUUUACAUGUAGAUCCAGGGACCUCUGUUUCAAUUCGGAUCUUUCUCCCUGAAACUUGUUUGGGUUCUCAUGAAUCUGAUCUGAAAUCGAAAUCGACAAUUAGGGUGUCUGGAUCUGACUCGAAUCAGGGGCUUUUACGUCGAAAUAGCUAUGGGAAUCAGACCCAUGUUCAGAGGAAUGGGUUUAAUCAUAGGAGAAGUAGUCUUGGUUCUGUUGCUGAUGAUCUUGGUUUGAAAUCUGAAAAUGGGGUUUAUAGAGGGUAUUCUCCUGUUACUGGAAAAAACUGUAGGAAGUUACCAGUAAUGUUGCAAUUUCAUGGUGGGGGGUUUGUGAGUGGGAGUAAUGAUUCGACUGCGAAUGAUUUGUUUUGUAGAAGGAUAGCUAAGCUUUGUGAUGUUAUUGUUUUAGCUGUUGGAUACAGGUUAGCACCUGAGAAUCGGUAUCCAGCUGCGUUUGAGGAUGGAUUGAAGGUGCUGCAUUGGCUGGCCAAACAGGUUAAUUUAGCUGAAUGUAGUAAGUCGGUUGGGAGCAGACGUGGUGGAGGGGCGGAUUUGAAGAAAUCUGAUACGUAUGGGCAUAUAGCUGAUGCGUUUGGAGCAUCGUUGGUGGAGCCUUGGUUGGCUGCUCAUGGGGAUCCGUCAAGGUGUGUUCUCCUAGGAGUGAGUUGUGGGGGAAAUAUAGCUGAUUAUGUGGCUCGGAAAGCUGUAGAGGCAGGUAAGCUUUUGGAUCCAGUGAAAGUGGUGGCGCAGGUUUUGAUGUAUCCUUUUUUCAUUGGAAGUGUUCCAACACAUUCCGAGAUUAAACUAGCAAAUUCCUAUUUCUAUGACAAGACCUUGUGCACUCUUGCGUGGAAGUUAUUUUUACCUGAAGGGGAGUUUGACUUGGAUCAUCCUGCUGCUAACCCUCUCACCCCUGGAAGAGGACCUCCACUGAAACGGAUGCCCCCAACAUUGACAGUGAUAGCAGAGCAUGACUGGAUGAGAGACCGUGCCAUUGCUUAUUCAGAGGAACUACGGAAGGUAAACGUUGAUGCUCCUGUUCUUGAGUACAAGGAUGCAGUUCAUGAGUUUGCAACUCUUGACAUGCUUCUUAAGACCCCUCAAGCUCAGGCUUGUGCCGAGGACAUUGCCAUCUGGGUUAAGAAGUAUAUUUCACUUCGAGGUCAUGAGUUCUCAUAUUGAACCAGAUAGAUUGGUCCUGUAUAGCAGCAUGUAUGAUACCUGGGAUUUGAGGUCUACUAUAUCUCUCCUCACUCUGAAAUUUCAGGCAUAUUCUUUUUUUCCUCGUUGUGUUCCUUUUGUAAUAUAGAUGACUUUGCCGGAAAAUAGAAAUUAGUU